GGAAGAUUUAGAAUUUUCAGAACCGCCGACCCGUCCGUCACACUCAAUUCUGAAACAGUGGGCAAAGCAAAAACCCUUUUCUCUACAUAUUUUCAUCACCUCCCCGCUCUCGCCUUCCUCCAUCUUUCAAUUCUGCUCAACAAAUGGAUUUCCAGGUCGUCGUGCUAGCCGGAGGCACUUCGAAAGAACUUGUCCCUCUCGUCUCCAAGGAAGUGCCAAAACCUCUGCUCCCUGUGGCGAACCGCCCGGUUCUAUCGUACGUGCUGGAGCAAUUAGAGCUCAGCAACCUCAAGGAUCUCAUUGUGGUUGUUGAAGGGGAAGAUGCAGCUCUCCGAGUUGGUGGAUGGAUUUCAGGAGCUUAUGUAGAUCGUCUGCAUGUUGAGGUUGCUGCAGUUCCUGAAGAUGUUGGAACUGCUGGUGCUCUUCGGGCUAUCGCACACCACUUGACAGCAAAUGACAUUUUGGUUGUGAGUGGUGAUCUUGUUUCUGAUGUUCCUCCUGGUGCUGUUGCAGCUGCCCAUAGAAGACAUGAUGCUGUAGUUACUACAAUGCUCUGCUCUACACCGAUCAGUGGGCCUGCAGAAUCAGGAUCAGCUGGUGCUAAGGACAAGAUAAAGAAACCCAAGCGAUUCAACAUUAUUGGGCUGGACCCUACAAAGCAGUUUUUGUUGUACAUAGCCUCAGGAGCUGAAGUCGAAAAGGAUCUUCACAUCCCCAAGAGUAUUCUCCGUGCUGUUGGUCAGGUGAAUACCUAGCCAUCCAUUUGUGAGCCUUUUCUAACAUUUUGUGUAAUGAGUGUCAAAUGAUGGUGAUGCUUGUCCUAAGACAGCCUACAGAAGUUAUUGUGUUAAAGUGACGGGCCCAGUGCAUAGUGGAGUGAUUCAAAUUCUCAACUUUGAUUGUUUUCAUUUCAUUGUACUUCAUUUCUUAAUUAGCCACUGGACAACUUAUCAAUACUGGUUGAUGUGCACGCCCAUGUCGUUUGCUAGCAUUCUCAUUGUUAGUUGGAGUAAGAAGUUACCCUCUUGAUUAUCAAACUAUUUUUGCUACAAUUUCAGAAGCAAGUAAUAACUUUCUGGAAUAUUGUUUCAGUUUCUUUUCUGACAAUCUUUUCUGUGAAUCCUUAUUAGAUGGAUAUACAAGCCGAUCUUAUGGAUGCUCAUUUGUAUGCGUUCAAGAGGGCUGUUCUGCAAGAGGUUUUAGAACAAAAGCCAAACUUUCACAGCUUGAGACAGGAUGUACUACCUUAUCUUGUUCGGACCCAGUUGAAAUCAGAGAUUCUACUGAAUGGUACUCCACAAGCAGAAGAAAAUGGACACGAGAAGUUCACUUCUCGGGGCAACCAAGCUAUAAUAUCUCAAAUAUUGGCUAACGCAUCUACGCCGAGAUUCCAUGAAGUUUAUGAAUCAAUUCAUAAUGGAUCUCCAACAGCACAAAGAACUCAUAAAUGUUGUGCUUAUAUUGCUAGCAACAGCAAGUAUUGUGUACGCUUAAAUUCCAUUCAAGCAUUCAGUGACAUAAACCGUGAUGUCAUAGGUGAAGCCAACCAUCUCUCUGGAUAUUCCUUCUCUGCUCAUAACAACAUCAUACACCCUUCAGCAGAUCUGGGAUCAAAGACUACUGUGGGGCCUCAUUGUAUGUUGGGCGAAGGAUCAUUAAUGGGUGACAAAUGCAGUGUAAAACGCUCUGUUAUUGGUCGCCACUGUAGGAUAGGUUCAAAUGUUAAGAUUGUUAAUUCGGUUGUCAUGGACCAUGUCACCCUCGGAGAUGGCUGUUCAAUCCAAGGUUCAAUAGUUUGCAGCAAUGUCCAGAUCCAAGAGCGGGUUGUACUGAGAGACUGUCAGAUUGGAGCAGGCUUUGUGGUCUCCGCAGGCAGUGAGCACAAGGGAGAGUCCUUGGCAAGGAAAGAGAAAUAGAGCUUACAAGAAUGCUGUUGGGGGUUAAAAAAACUGUUUACAACCCCUUGGUAGAAAGAACCGGGUUGUAGAUCGGAGUUAGAAUUUUUGGGGUAGCUACUUCUCGUAUGAUAGAUUUAGGUGAGCACAGAGAAAUACGAGUUCCAAAUUGGUGUGUGGUUAGCAGAAUUCGAGCGCUCCACCGGUCUGUUAGAUGGUGUUCUAUCUUAUGCUACGACUUUCAUGAGACUGAUGUGUGCGGCUGUGCCUAUUCUAUCCCUACAUCCUGUAUUUUGUGAAUUGUGAUAGAUUAGCAUCAAUUUUGUCCCUUUUUGUAAUGCUACCAGUUUGACACCUACUGAUUGUGUAGUGAAGGUUUUGGUCAUUUUCAAUACUCUGGCCCUCGUUCAUGUUCUUAUUUAGUCACGCCGGGCUGAAUUGAAGGACUACCAGACGUAGAAUGGUAGAAAUGAAUGUUACUUGAUUGGCUCAAGAUUUUUGGCUUGCUUGGGAUGGUAAUUGUCUAAUUGAUGACUUUGGU